AUGACCGGCAAAGCGGGGGAGGCGCUGGCCCUCCACAAGGCCCCCAAGGGCCCCGACGGAGCGGGAGGGAACCCCCCUCAGCCCCCUCCGCCCACAGCGAGGCCCUCAGCCCCGGGGCCCAAGCCCAGCCCCACCGCCGGCCCCCUUCCUCCUGCUGCCCCUCCUGCUCCUCGCUGCACGGGCUUCGGCAUCCAGGAGAUCCUGGGACUCAACAAGGAGCCUCCUCCGCCUCCCCUUCCUCCUCCUCCUCCUCCUCCGGCUCACCCUCGCGCCGCGGCCGCCGCCCUGGACUCCUUGCCGGCCGGACACCUGCUGGCGGCCCGCUCGGUGCUGGGCCCCGCGGCGGCGGCGGCAGUGGGCAGCGUGGGCAUGGGCCUCCUGAGCGCCGCCGCCGCUGGCUUCUACGCCCAGCCCAGCUUCCUGGAGGUCCUGGCCGAGCCCCCCGGCGCCCACCUCCAGCCCCUCCAGAGGGCAGCCCCCGGCCACCUGGAGGCCAGCCUCCACACCGCCAGCUCAGAUUCCGAAGAUGUUUCCUCCAGCGACAGGAAAAUGUCCAAGUCUUCCUUGAGCCAAAGCAAAAAGAGGAAGAAGAGGCGGCACAGGACAAUCUUCACAUCCUACCAACUGGAGGAACUGGAAAAGGCAUUCAAUGAAGCCCAUUACCCUGAUGUGUAUGCAAGGGAGAUGCUGGCUAUGAAAACAGAACUGCCUGAAGAUAGGAUACAGGUUUGGUUUCAGAAUCGAAGGGCCAAAUGGCGGAAGAGAGAGAAAUGCUGGGGCAGGAGCAGUGUAAUGGCAGAAUAUGGGCUUUAUGGUGCAAUGGUACGUCACUCCAUCCCACUGCCAGAAUCCAUCCUCAAAUCAGCCAAGGAUGGCAUAAUGGAAUCCUGCGCUCCUUGGCUGUUGGUUCAAGAUGGCUUUCCCAUGCCCAGGCGCUUUUCUAAACCCGAAUACCAACAAUUCUUUUUAGGGAUGCACAAAAAAUCUCUGGAGGCAGCGGCUGAGGCAGGAAGGAAACCGGAGGUGGAACGCCAGGCCCUGCCCAAGCUUGACAAGAAUGACAAAGAAGAGAGGGGCCCAGAUUCCAAAACCACCAUUUCUCAGGAGGAACUGAGAGAGAACAGCAUUGCUGCCCUCAGGGCCAAAGCUCAGGAGCAUAGCACCAAAGUCCUGGGGACCAUCCCUGCAGAUCCUCCUACUCCAGCCAGGAAGCCAGAUAAAGAGGAAGAGGUAGCCACAGCAGAAGACGAUCGGCAAUUGGAAAAAUCAGAUUUAUCACAAGAGGAAGAGAAGCUGGUUUAGAAGGAAGAGGAUGAUGGAGAAACAGCCAUCUCCUCAAAGACUGACUCCUCUAGGAGCUACAGCCCUCUCUCAGACUACUGGGGUUCUUCCUGCAGGCCCACACACAUGGAGGGAAGCCCCACUUGGUCUCUGUACAUUUCAGGCUAAGGCCAUGUUCUGCUGGGUAUGUCUAGAGACUGGUUUCCCCUCAAAAGCACAUUGUUCCUGUAAUCCUUGUCCUCAGGAACACUGUGGCUCUGUUGUCUUCCCCUGUUUCAAAUGGGAAGGGGGCUAUAUACCACCACUAUCUUAACCCAAGAGGAAAAUUCAACUAACUAGGACGUUUCUUCAAUACCAGCCACCACACCAAUGCCAGGUCUUCCCUCUGUUCCCCUGUCAUUCAAUCUCUGUUGUCACAUUCUCACCCUCAUCUGUAAAAUAAGUCCUUUCUGUCAUCUCACUGUAUUUCAUGGUCAAAGUAAAUCUCUCUCUUUAUCUCAGUCAGGUCCUUAGCUUUCCCAGGAAAGAACGACCCUUUCUUCAUAUUUAAACAUUAAUUUAUGUAAAUAUAUACAAGUUUUAAACUGCUCGUUGCCUAGCACUGAAGCCAUGUUUAAAAAGAAAAAAGAAAGUCAUUCCCUCUUCCUAAUGUCAGGCCAAAUCUAAAAAUGGCCAGGUGGAAACCCUACCUCAUAGCGAGUCUCUCCUUCACUGCAGUGUCAAAACUGCUGUUGAUGGAAGAGGCCCAGACACCCUUUUAGUGCAAUGUGAAUUUUCGUUGCAGAAAAUUUGGCUCAUUUAUGCCACCUAGACUGUAGUAUUCCAAAAUACUGAUCUUUGUUCCUCAGGUAACGCUGCCAUGUUCCCCCCACAUUAGCACAUAUCACUUCAGGGGGAAAUUGAUAGAAAUAAUUAUUUAAACCAUUUUACUGAUUCCAAAUUUUCCAUAUGAUUCUUUCCCAUAGGAGUCCUGAAAUGGGAAAGGAGUGCUUAAUUAUUGGGGGGAAAUAUGUGCCAAGGCACUUUGGAUGUUAGAUUACCUGAUGCUGGAGCUUUGCUCCUUCCCCCCAAACUUGGACAUGUAGGAUCUGCAUGGUUAGUUGAUACCUGGGAAGGGAAAUGUACUCUGUAACUUAUUGUAUACUAGGGGUUUAUACCUAGUAUUAAGAACCAGUUUGUGAAACUUGUCCUAUAUUAAGCCUGGAUCUGUGCUCUAGAAUCGUGUUAGUAGCUUCAGGGUUGUUAAAUGGAAGUCAAAAAAAUAAGAGUCCACAUUUGAGGGUGGGACUGUGUUUGGACAGCAUUUGACUCUUAAAUGAAGGUGUGAAUUGGUAUCAUAUUGGUGUCUCAUGCUUCAGAUGAUAUGGAAAUCCUCUCUGUUGCAUUUGAUCAUCCAGUUAUUCAA